GGCUAUUUUCCAAAGCUUUGGUCCCAUCUCCUGUCUCCUUGUUGUUAGCCCUUCUGUUUUUCUCUCUCUGUCACUUUCUCCUUGAACUUAACCAUUCAUUGAACUGAGAACUGCAGAUGUGAAGAUUAACGUGUUACGAAUUUUCCUCUGCAAGAGUCUGUCCAGUAGUAAACAGACAGAUGUGCACAGAGAAGAGAAGGAAGUAUAGCAUAUGCCAGUGGGCCGUCUGUUAGGGUAUUUUGCCUCAUUCAGGGGUCUUCAGUGAGAAAUGGCAACAUGUCUAAAACACAGUGAGUUGAAGGUUGCUGACCUUCUUACGAGCAACUGAUUUUUAAUCUGAAAUUAUAAUAUUUUUCAUAUCAUAAGUUACUUUUGAUGUGGUAGUGACAGGUGGCAGGUUUGUUCCUGUGUUUGGAAAAGUGGAUUGUUGGAAGGACUACUUAGGCGUUGUUGAGGUGAAUUGUGAAGAAGGAAGCAUUAAGUUUGCUGUAGUAUGGACAUUUAGGACUAUGCUAUGUCAACCCUGUCCCCUUCUACCCUGUUUCUAAUGGCCUUGAUUGAAGGAUAAGCAGGUGUUUUUUUUUGGGGGGGGGGGGCGUUGAGGGAACUUCUAGGUGGAGGAACUGGGAACAGAGCCCCCAGGAAUAUGAGAAAUACUGAAAAGUAAGAAUCAAGAAGCCAUGCAUGGCUCAAAUGGGGAGGGACGGCUGUGAUGGUGUGUUAUCUGUCAACUGGACAGACUCUAGGAUUCCUUGGGAAGUUGGCCUCUGGCUGUGCUCCUGAGGGACUCUCUUGAUUGUGACUGAGGGGAGAACAGCUGUGGACUGCAUACCGAGAAAAACAAGAAGAAAGCUGCAAGGUACAUUGAUUGCUGUUCUGACUGUGGAUGCAGUGUGAGCAGCUGCUUCAGGCCCCGGCCACCUUGACUUUCCACCAUGAAGGGCUGUGCAGUCAGAACUGUGGCCAGAAUAAGCCUUUCAUCCCCAGAGUUGCUAUUACCAGCACAUUUUAUCACAGCAACAGGAAAAGAAACCAGGACAGUAGCAGGCGUGACCUUGACGACAGACUGCCUCGAGGAUAGCCACCUCACGUGCUACUGGGGGUGCAGUGUCCAGAGAUUCCACGAGGCUCUUCAGAAGCACGCGCACUGCUUCAGGGUAAGCACUCCGAGAGCGCUGGAAGAGGCACUGUACAGCGACUAUCUUCACCGAGAGCAGUAUUUUAUCAAGAAGCACAGCAAAGAAGAACUAUAUUGCCAGUUACCGAGUGACACUGACAUUGAAGACUUUGGCCCGGUGCCCAGACCUCGCUAUCCAUUGGUAGCUCUAUUGACCCUCGCUGAUGAGGAUGACCGAGAAAUUUAUGACAUUAUUUCCAUGGUCUCAGUAAUUCAUAUUCCUGAUAAGACUUACAAACUUCCCUGCAGAAUAUUGUAUCAAUAUUUAAUCCUGGCUCAAGGUCAAUUUUAUGAUCUUAAGCAACUUUUCAUGUCUGCAAAUAAUGGUCCCACUCCCUCCAGCAACCCCUCUCCAGCAGACACAAGUGCAGAGCAGAGCUUGUUGGAGAAGGCAGGCCUGGCUGGGACAGAGGUGGGGCCGGUGGAGGAGAGCAGCAAGGACUGUGUGGUGUGCCAGAACGGGGCCGUGAACUGGGUGCUCCUACCUUGCCGGCACGCGUGUCUGUGUGACAGCUGUGUGUGCUACUUCAAGCAGUGUCCCAUGUGCCGGCAGUUUGUGCAGGAAUCCUUUGCACUUUGCAGUCAGAAGGAGCCAGACAAGGAUGUGCUGGAAGCUUCCUGAAGGUCUCACAGCUGGAGUCUGCACUUCCCACACAAGGUGCAGAACCCUGUGUCCUUAGAGUCAAUCCUAACACAGAAGCUGCAGUCCUGACUGUCGGAGAGAAUUCUAUUUUCACUUCGUACUUGUAUGAUACAUGAAUGAUGGAAAUAAAUUCUUCCUGCCCAGUA